UAACUGAACUGUCAAAAAAUAACAAAUUACCAAAUACCAAAUACGAGAACAGAUCAACAUAACAUUGAUGUCAUUGUUGAUUGUUUUUGUUUUGAUUUUCUAAGUAGAAAUAUAAAACAAUGUUGCUUUCCAUUUUGCAGUUAAUUUCUUCUUCACAAUGCUAGUUAGAUGAAUAGUAAUGCCUUAGUUAAAAGUAUAAAGUAUUUAUUCUCUUAUACCGAUUAGUUUUAAGUUUAAGAGGAACUUACUGUACUGUAAAUUUAGUUGUCUUAACCUAGGUCUAUUUCUGGCAGUUCAAAACAAUUCUUCUUUUCUCCUUUAAAAAAUAAAUAGCAACUAUUUCAAUGUUUACAUUAUCAUUUUUAUUUGUCAUCUUAAGCAUACCAAGUAGGCCUAACAUUUAUAUUUUCCAUUAAGUUAGAAUUUUUAUCUUGUCAAUUAUUUCAAUGCCUAUCUUUAAACCUAAUAGGCCCUAGUCUAUAUUUUUGUUGUCCCUAGUCAAAUAAAAUGUUAUAACUUAGGCCCUACUGUAAGCUACGUUUUUCUAGUGCAUAAUAGCCUAUAUUACUUUUCGAUAGAAAAAUGGAUCAUGCAAAUAACCAUCAUGUUUCAACAUUGCUUCAACUGAUUACUGCUGUCAAAACAAUGAAAUUUCAGGGUUUCGUACAAAAGAUUAAGCAAUGAAGGAAAACAUCUAAUAGAUAGAUUCAGUCACUAUGGUCGUAAGGAAAGAAGAGAGGGGUUCGAGGGGUUCUGAAAUGUUUACUUCAGAAGUACCUGCUAGUGUAUUCCUCGUCCUCACUUCUGUCAUGGUUGCCGUCUGCUUUCACAAUGCUACCGAUGGAACCUUUGUGUUUGAUGACUCAGAAGCCGUAGUCAACAAUUAUGAUAUACAACUCUCAACUCCCGUCUCUCAGAUAUUCUCCAAUGACUUUUGGGGUACUCCCAUCAUACAUAAUAGUAGUCACAAGUCGUACCGCCCCAUCACAAUUUUAUCCUUUAGAUUGAAUGUUUGGGCAGCAGGGGGUGAACUUGUGGCUUCACAGUUUCGUACAGUUAACGUUCUGCUUUAUGGUUUUGUCUGCUGCUUGGCUUUCUAUGUUUUAAAAUCCAUUUGUGAUGAGUAUCCUCAUGCAGCAGUUCCACAUAUGGCUGCUCUUUUGUUCACGGUUCAUCCCGUUCAUACAGAGGCUAUUGCUCCAGCUGUUGGCAGAGCUGAUCUUCUUUGUGCUGCAUUGUUUUUCUCGGCAUUCCUUGUCUACAACUGUUCCCUGAAUGGGAAACAUCAUCCUGUGUUGAGAUUAUUUUGUAUCCUAUUGACCAUCAACUUAGCAGCAGUGUCUAUGUUUGCAAAAGAACAAGGCAUCACUGUUUUGGCGCUCUGCUCCUUGUAUGAUGUUUUGAACUCAUACAAAGUUCAUCCCAGGAAUCUAUUUAACUAUGAAACAUGGAUCUCCCCAAAAACUAAAUGGUUUCUUAUUCGACAAAGUUUACUGCUGUUUUCUACUAUGAUAUUCCUUUUAUUUCGCUGGUGGAUUAUGGGAGGAACAGAACCAGUAUUUCAAAAGGCUGAUAAUCCUGCGUCUUUUCAUGAUAAUGCGGUAAUCAGGGGUAUAAAUUACAUUUACAUUUACACACUGAAUGUGUGGUUGCUGUUAUGCCCUGAGUGGUUGUGCUAUGAUUGGUCCAUGGGAUGUGUACCACUUAUUGACUCGCUUUAUGACAUUAGAGUCCUCUUUGCCGUCACUUUUGUCGCUGUGUUCGGCUGUCUAGUGAUAUCAUUACUGACACAAUCCUGCACACAGGCUAGGGUUCUAGUGUUGGCAUUGGGAUUUAUAGUAAUUCCAUUUUUGCCUGCUUCAAAUGUUUUUCUACGAGUCGGGUUUGUCAUCGCUGAAAGAACCUUAUUCGUUCCGUCUCUCGGAUUCUGUUUACUGGUUGCUCAUGGAAUGCAAAAGCUUUCUACUCACAGAUCGUUAUCUAAUGUUGUUAUCCUUCUUUUAGGACUUCUUAUUGUAGUGUUAAGUGUAAGAUCAAGUGUCCGUAGUCGUGAAUGGUCCUCAGAAAAAGAACUUUUUCUGUCAGCUUUGAGCAUUUGUCCUUUAAACGCCAAAGUUCAUUACAACCUUGCAAAAACAUCAUCUAACCUUACUGUGGCUGUUAAGCACUACAGAGACGCUUUGAGGUUGAAUCCAGACUAUGAUCAAGCAAUGAAUAAUCUUGCAAAUAUUUUAAAAGAUAGAAAUGAUCUGGUUGAAGCAGAAGAAUUACUCCGCCGAGCUCUCCAGUUAAGGCCAAACUUUGCUGCUGCAUGGAUGAAUCUUGGGAUUGUUUUGUCGAAUAAGAAAAACUUUAAAGAGGCUGAAGUUUGUUACUGGAACGCAAUAAAGUACAGAAGGAAAUAUCCAGAUUGCUAUUACAACCUUGGAAACUUGUAUCUUGAACAAAAGGAACAUCAGAAAGCAUUUGAAAGCUGGAGACAAGCAACAUUACUGAAUCCUCAACAUCAUGCGGCAUGGAACAAUCUAAUAAUAAUGCUAGACUCCAUCGGUAAGCAUGAAGAAGCAAGUACGAUAGCCCAAGAAGCACUCUCAAUAUUCCCGAACUCUUCGGCUAUUCAUUUCAAUCUCGCCAACUCUCUUGGAAAGAUAAGUAACUUCACUGAGGCUGAGAAACAUUUCAAAUUAGCCAUUGACAUUUACGCCAACAAUCCACUCUACUUUGUUAACCUAGGGGUUCUAUACCACCGGUGGAAGAAGCUGGACCUUGCAAAGAACAUGUAUUUAAAAGCAUUGAAGCUCAACCCAAAUCUAAAAAGUGCAAAAGACAAUCUUCACCUUCUACAAAACUAAACUGAUUUUUGUGUGUGUUUUUCUAUACUUUGUCUACAAAUGACCUGAUCUGUAACUACAAAGUAUUUUAAUUUUUCUAAGUACUGUGAUAUUUUUAAUAAAUAAUUUUUUUUACGUCA